AUGCUCGAAGUCGGACGCAUUCUCGACCACGCCGUGCUGGAAAUCGACAAGGCGCUCUACACUGCCCGUAAGCACGACAAGAAACACAGAUAUGCACAUGGCUUUUGCAGGUGCGAGUGGCAGAAGAAAGUCGAAAACUCUAAGGAGCAUGCAGACAAUCUCGAGGUGGCAGUCGAGCAUUUUGAAGAUUUGUGGCGAGCAUGGAAGCGUUAUCUGCGAAGCUUGGAAAGGAGGGGCGAUCGGCGUGUGGGUGGACUGGAAGAGUGGCGGCGACGCGAAGGCCGAGGCAGCGAGUCCGAAGAGUUUGAUCAGCUCCACAGCUUCUACAGAAAAGACAUGAGGGUGGAUGAGAUGGAUCACCUGCAAGCGAAGCAACGAACUCGACAAGCGGAGAACUUGCACCAAGAGUACCUUGCGGGAGAAGGAAGAAGACAGGACACUGACUGGCACAAGCAUGAGGGGAAACACAAGAAGGCAUGGAGCACUUCUGAUCACAUUCAACCGGGAUCAGGUUAUGGGAAGAACGACUACGAGUAUACUGGCAGAUGCGAAUCGGGGCAAUACAGAGAUUGGCAUGUUGGAAGCCGAUUCCGGCCGUGGAGGAGGUCUUAA